CCACCCUCGUUGGUCAGUAAAAGUGACCACUUCUUGAAGUGCAUACUGUUCCUUGUGCUGCACGAGUUGAUUUUGUGUUGGUCUUUGAAAUUUGCUCUUUUCAAACAGUCAUAAACUCAUUCUACAGAUUUUGUCCCCCAUCACACUAAAGGGUUUGUUAUUUCAGCUGACAGCCUCUUUAGGAGAAGGACUCUACUCGUUCAGGCACUGGGAGAGUUUAAACAGACAGCACUAUGGCUUCAGACUCUGACAGACCAGGAUUCUGUUUGCUGGAUUAUGCUGUAUUUGCUGCUAUGCUUGGGGUAUCAGUGGCCAUCGGGCUGUUCCAGUCUCUGAGAAAGACCCCGGGUAGCUCUAAUGUGGACAACUUCUUCACAGGGGGCAGGGGCUUCUCUGCUGUGCCUGUAGGACUUUCUCUCUGUGCCAGCUUUAUGUCAGCUGUCCAGGUGCUUGGUGUGCCAUCAGAGGCCUAUUUGUAUGGUUUUAAGUUCCUUUAUAUGUGCCUGGGACAAUCGCUGAACUCACUAAUUACUGCAGUUCUGUUUGUGCCAGUGUUCUAUCGUCUCAAAAUCACCAGCUCAUGUCAGUAUUUAGGGAUGAGGUUUGGCAGAGGAAUGCAGCUCUUGGGGAGUUUGCAGUUCAUCGUAGCCACACUUCUCUACACUGGUAUAGUGAUCUUUGCUCCUGCAGUCAUCUUGAAUCAGGCCACAGGUCUAAAUAUGUGGGCGUCUCUUUUAUCAACUGGACUCGUUUGCACUUUCUACACGACACUGGGUGGUAUGAAAGCUGUCAUUUGGACCGAUGUGUUUCAGAUUGUUGUAAUGCUCGCUGGGUUCAUUGCAAUCUUCAUUCAGGGCACCGUGCUGGUAGGAGGGCCGGCCAGGGUUUUGGAGAUCGCCAACAAUGGAUCACGCAUCAAUUUUAAUGAUUUUGGAAUAGACCCUCAGAGGCGGUACUCAUUCUGGAGUUUUACAGUGGGGGGCACUUUGGUGUGGUUAUCAAUGUACAGUGCCAAUCAAGCUCAAGUGCAGCGUUACAUUUCAUGCAGCACAGAGAGACAAGCUCAACUGGCUCUCCUGGUUAAUCAGGUUGGUCUGUGUCUGAUUGUGAGCAGUGCAGCCACCUGUGGCAUUGUGAUGUUUGCUUUGUACUCCACUUGUGACCCACUAAAGACAGGCAGAAUAUCUGCACCCGAUCAGUAUAUGCCGUACCUGGUCUUGGACAUUUUCCGGAAUCAUCCAGGCUUCCCAGGUCUCUUUCUAGCCUGUGCCUACAGUGGAACUUUAAGCACUGUCUCCACCAGUAUUAACGCCAUGGCAGCUGUUACUAUGGAGGAUGUAAUGAAGCCAUGGAUAAAAAACAUUUCACAGAGAAAACAGCUCUUGCUCUCCAGGGCAUUAUCCCUGUUGUACGGUCUUGGCUGUAUUACAAUGGCUGCCCUAUCUUCUCUGCUUGACUGGGGAGUUCUUCAGGCUUCGUUCACUGUAAUGGGUGUGGUGAAUGGUCCACUUUUGGGAGCAUUUGUGCUGGGCAUGUUUGUUCCUGCAACAAAUAAACCAGGGGUGUUCUCCGGUGUGGCUGUGGGAUUCUGCCUAUCUCUAUGGCUUGCUGUUGGAAGCACAAUUUAUCCUCCAACACCACAAAUCAUGGGUGUUUUACCCACCAGUGCUGGUCACUGUCUAACACCUAAUGCAACAAUCAACAACACUACAGCAUGGGUUGAAUCAUCUGUUUUGCCAUCAUUAAUCCAUGAUAAUGGUCAAUAUGGCCUUCAAAAUAUCUAUUCUAUAUCCUACCUCUACUUUGGAGCCCUGUCAACUAGUGCAGUUGUUCUGGUAGGUGUGCUGGUUAGCUACAUAACAGGACCAACCAAGAAGGAGUCUAUCAGUCCUGGUUUAUUGCGAUGGAAUUUGGAAGAACAGACCAGCGAAGAGUGCUGUCUGAAUUUGAAUGAAGCUACGGCUCACAAUCCUACCGAAAUCCUUCUCAAGCCAAAAUAACUUUUUACUAGUGGUGAUAAACAAAGAUUAGUUAUUGAACAAAGGUGAAAUUUAGACAGGGGCAGCCUCACUUUAAGUCAAAAGAGGUCAGUUUACCAGUAACAAACAAAAUAGCCAAGAAAUAAGAUUAAUUCAAAUUAAUUAGCAGCAUAUAUAAUUCUAUAGCUGUGUACAAUGAAAUAUUGGAGUGUGACAAUAUUGGAUUCUCUGUAUUUAGAUUGGAUUUAGAAAGACAAACUAUAUUUCACAUCACAUACAUUCUGAACUGUAACUCAAAUCAACAAUGUCAAAGCCAGGCUGAUUUGGUUUUCUUUAAUUUUGGCUGGAGUGCUGAAUGCCUUUUCAUCACUACCUGAUUUUAAGUAUCUUUGACCUAUACAUCAAUAGGGCUUUCUUUUGUAUUAUGUAAUUACACACAAUACGCAUCUGUUCAUCAGACACCUGCAGCACACCUGUAUGUCUGUUCACUUUCAUUCCUAGCCAAGUCCAGAAAAGAAUAUUACAGGCAGUUCAUAUUCACACACACUCAACUGAUUUGAAAUUGAUGUUCUUUAUUUGAGUAACUGAAUGGUUUUUAUGGAUGCAAAUGACAGUAAUGCUUUUCUGAUAUUUCCAACACCUUUUUGAAAGUACACAACCAGUCAAAAUGUAGACACACCUACUCAUUCUUUAUUACUACAAUUUUAGUAAGGAAGUAUAGGAAUAAUGUAGAGGCCAAAAUAAAAAAAAGAAAUAAAAUCACACAUUUCUUCAUAUGAAACCUUCUUCAAAUUAGCCACCCUUUGCCUAGAUUGCAGUUCUUUAUGCUCUGGGCAUUCUCUGAACUUCAUGAGGUAUCCACCUGGGAUCAGGGUAUGUAAGUAAUAAGGGCAUGGGGCCAAAAUACCACCGAAAGUGACAAGAAUGUCCCUGAAAUUAAAAUGUGGGAGCAUAAAAGGUCCCCUUUAUGGAUUCUUUUGUGUUUCAUUUGUAACACCUGAUAUAUUUCUUAAUAUUGUCUUCUAUGCCUUGAUAUACAAAUAAUUGCAUAGAAAAAUAAGAUUCAAUUAUUCAUAAAUAUAAUUUUUGUUAUAAAUUGGUUAAGUAAUUUAAGUAUUUUUUUUACUAUUAGAAAACGUAUGCCCUCAUGAAGGUAAAAAAUGCCCCUUAAUAUCAAAUCCAGAAGCAAAUAUUACCCUUUAAUGAAAAAGUGAAUAUCUGACACUGCAUGGGAUGCUUUUAAAACAGUAUUAAAUAAGUUCCCAUGUAUGCUGGCCACUUGUUGGUUGAUUUUCCUUGACUAUCUGGUCCAACUCAUCCAUUUUGUUUUGUAAACACUCAUAAAUAGGCACAAUUGAUAUAUGUCUACAAAACGUAUUUCAAUCAUUUAAGCAUACGCCUUAAAAUCAAAAGGUUUUAAAGAUCAUGAAAAACAUAAAUACAGUCAGGUGUGUCUAAACUUCUGAAUGGUGGUGUUUGUGUAAUCAUUAGUCUGAUUUCCUUGUAAUCAAAAUAUAUGUAUCCAGAAAUUAUUUUAAAAGAUGAUUUUAUUGACCAUGUUACCAUGGGCGAAGUUUCACAAGGGUGCCAUGACCUAUAAAAAUUACUUGUGCCAGAUGGUUACCAUGACAGUGUGCCAGUUGAUCUGUGAGCAUCAAGCCCAAAUAAACCCCUGAAAGUUGUCAAUCAAACACAAAUAAAAGGCUGAUAACUGAGAAUGAAGAUGUUUUUCAUUGUUUUUGUAUAAAACAUACUGUAUGGGUUUACAAUUCUGAACUUUUGUAAAGAUUUGUGUAUCUUCUUUUAAAUUGUUCUGAGAAAUCAGCAGCUGUAACAUUCACGUUACACAUUA